AUGAUGAGUUGGCGCCUCGGAUUAGGACUCAGCAGCGGGGGUGGAUGCCCGAAACGUAGCGAAAUACGCCAAUCUACCCGCCACCGAGUGAGCAGUUCACCACAGACGGGUAGUGCCCAGCAACUGAAAGGCCUGCAGGCUGGAACGCGCUGCCGUGCAAGCCUUCCAGAGGUGACUUCAACCCUGGGUAGGUGGGUGCUUAGUGAGCUUGUGCUGCUUGGCGACAUGCACGCCCGCAGCAAUCUGGAUUCACAGUCUUCCUCGAGGCUGAUCCCCAGUUUCCAGGGAAAAGAUCUUCAACUUCAGAGUGCGGUUAUUCGUCGUGAUGACGAAGAUGGCCAGUUGGAGACUCUACCGCCUGUGGUUGCGAGUACUUGUGACUGGUGCGGCACACUCGUCGCACAGCAUCGGAGGCCGCUCGGCUUGGAUCCACCGCGCUUCGAAUUGUGA